GAGCAGUCGCCUGGCAUGUUUUGAUUUGUGAAAGUUAGCGAUAGCCGACUUGCCCUUGCCGAGUUGGCCAGCAGUCCAGCUCCAUAGUAUCUGUGACAGCACUCAAAAUGUCCACCGCCACACGGCCAGUCAAUGACCAGUACCUUGCCCAGCGACGGGACUUUGAGGAGCUGACGAUAGACAGUCAAAGGAGAUGGCAAGCGCCUCGUCAUGCCGCUCACACUGCGAGAGAAGCCGCACAGCAGCACCACCAGGGUGACAACAGCAGAACCAGGUCAAGAGCCCCCGCUCACUCCAGGGCCCGGCCUCCAUCUUCCAGUGACCCUACCGCCCACUGGCCCCACAUCGCCGACCCCACCACCAGGGAGCCGCAGCUGGACGACUGUGAGCGGAUGGGGACUCUGUUCGGGAUGCUGAACAAGUGCCUGCGUGGGAUGGGCUUCAGCCAGAUGUACUUUGGAGAGAAGAUUGUGGAGCCGGUAGUGAUCGUGUUCUUCUGGCUCCUGCUCUGGUUCCUAGGGAUCCAGGCUCUGGGACUGGUGGGAACACUCUGCAUCAUUAUCAUCUAUAUCCAAAAGUAAGCAGAGCUGACAGCCAGAGCCAAGUCUCUUACUGUUUAUUUGGUUAAUGCAGACAUUUCCCGGACUCAGUUAAUGGUAGGAGACUGUCUGAGGACAGAUACUGUGCUUCCAGCGUGGCUGGCUUUGGACAUGGCGUUAGUUUGAUCAGUCACUACUGAAGGAGUUGUGUUUUGGGUUUCAAGCUUUUUCAGUUAGAAUAACUGCAAAAAUGAAGUGUACAAUCAGAGAGUUUCCCAACAGAUUUCAGACAGUCAAACUAUUGGUCCUCUCAAACAUAACUUUUUUUUUUUUUUUUGUCACAAAUGAGGGAUUUCAGAUAUCACCCUCUUUCAGCUGCAUGUGAAAAAGAGCAGGGGUCUGAAAUGGUUCCUGUAUCCGUUGCUUAUAAAAAUGCCAUACUUAUCGUUGCGGCACAUCAUGGCUUUGUGAAGCAAUGAUAACACAGACUGUGGGGAGGAAAACCCAACACAGGCACCAUGGUUGGGAGCAAAAUCAUUUUUAAAAAUUCAUUGUCAUGUUAACAUAUCAGAUUGCCAGGAAAUAAGGGCUGUGUUGAAUAUAUCCACGAUAUUCUAUGUUUUGUUCAGUACAUCCACUAAGAUCACCUAACUGACUUUUGAUCUGUCAGUCAGUUUAAAGAGUGCAUACACACUAGCAGAAAAGCCGGUCACACCCAGGCAGCCAUGUCACAGUGAGGAUUUGUCAUCAGGGGUCGCCUGCAGGCUCCUCACUGUGGCAGCACUGAAUGGACACGGCCAAAGGUGCAACACUGCUUUGGAGGGCAGUGUAGCAGAACUUUUCUGCCAUAUAUGAAUUAGUGUGUAUAGUACAUGUCUAUAAGGUAUGGUAAACCUAGUCAACAAUGGAUAUUUUCUUCUUUAGUAUUAUUCUUGAGUUUCACCAUCCACCAAGAUUUGUACCAUUUGUUCCACCAUUGGUAAGUGGGAAAAUGGUGCACUUAUGGCCAGAAACAGCACAAAAUCGGUUAGAGUGACUACCGUGUGUUGAGACUACCAGAGGAUAACAGGUGCAGCUGAAGAAUGUCAGUCAAAGGGGGGCAGGAGGAAUAAAUAUCAUAUAUUCUUCACAUAAUGCUUAUCAUUGGGGAAAUAUACCAUAUCUCUGGGAGACUAUAACAAGCAAUUGCCAUAUCACUCAUUGCACUGAACAGUUGUUUAGUUGUUAUUGCUGACAUGUUUAGCUCAUUACAUCCAACCAUUAGAUAGGUGGGACUUAGUGUUGCAGUCGUGUUUCCCAAAUACCAGGAAUUAGCAUUUCACUAGCAACAAUCGACAUUAAAGGUAGACCAACUGAGGGAUGAAAAUGGACAACAUUGAUUCUAGUUGCUGUAUUUUAUUCAAUGGAACAAAAUUAAACUAGUAGGCCUCUGUGUAGUACAGGUUCCAUCCACAGGGCUGUGAGAGUGCACACAAAAUGGCAGAAAGGCUUCUUUACAGUCAGCAUUAAAAUGACACCAGAGUGGGAUUCACUGUUUCAAGCAUUAUUGUGUGUUUUACAACUAGACAAAAGAAAGAGCUGUAGGCUACAGAGUCAGGAAUUAAAGGUUUAGAUCUAAACGGUCAGGACCGUUUGCCCCUGUGUGCUGUUCAGAUAACAGUUGUGAAAUCACAUGAAGCACAUUGAUGAAACAUUACAUCCUCUUACCAACAAGGUCAGCCAUGUCCUUAUUGUUCGUUUGAUAGUUUUCCUAAUUGCUUAGUAAAAGUUGGCCUCAGCAGCUUUGUGAAAAGGUGUAAAGAGGGCUCUGUCAGCCAGGAACUUGCAGUGCUGCCUUCAUGUAGAGCCUGUAGUGAAACCUUCAUGUUGUGAAGGUUUCACUACAUGUAGAACCUGUAGUGCUGCCUUCACGGUAAGGUGAACUGCUUUGUGGAUAUGGCCUCAGGAAUACAAAUCUAGCUCUCCACAUAUCUGAAUGUAAGGGUGACACAGCAUGGAGCGUGCCGUGUCACUGGAGAGCUGUAGCAGUCGCCUCUGAUAUUUUUUCAUUUAAUGUUCACAUUAUUUGAUACCAAACAAUAUUCAUGUUCAGAUCUUUUCAGAUAGGUGCAUUCUAGUUAAAGGGCUUCAUUGGUUGAUUGUAAAAUGAUUGCAUUAUUCUCUGCAAUUAAUGAUUGAUUACCUUGCUGGGAAGGUAUUACAUUAACAGCUGUUAAAGCCAGAUGUUCCACAGCCAGGCUCCGUGUUGGGCAUUAAACAACAUGCAUGUGGAUUUUCUGUAGCAUGAGCAUGACAUGGAAGCCAGCUCUGCUCCACUCUCCACAGCCGGGGGAUGACUGUCUGUCUCUUUAUUAUUAGCAGUUAAAGUAUUUGUUAUUUAAUAUUUUGGCUCUGCUCAUGGUAAUGUUUACUUGCAAAAUGAGGACAAUAAAACCAAAACACGAGUAAAACAGAAAGCGGCUGUUAAUCAUGAUCACCUUCCCAGCACCGCAGCAAGCCCUCAGUUACAGUAAGGGUCACUGUUCUGUGGCUGCUAUUAGGGCUGGGACCACUUAUCCAUAGUUAUCAAUAAAUCCAUAACAUGUGGAUAAUCUGUGACUAAAACAUAUUGUUUCAUUAUUAUUGUUAUUUUGUAUGGAUAAAUUAAUUUGAAUGUCGAUUGGUUUUCCAAAUGCUCCAUUACUGUGUGAGGGGGAAAACUUAGUUCAUCUGUGCUGAAGACACUUUGGUACGAUGGUGUAUUAGUGCCGUUGUGGGAAGGAAAAAAAUACAGAGCUGGGAAGUGGGAUAAUAUUUAGAG